AUGAAAAACAAUACAGGUAUUGCUUGUAAAGUAAGAAACGACAGGAUACUUACAAAUGAUGAACUUCAGUACGAAACAGGACAAAGCGUCCUAAAAGAUAAUUUAUCAGUAUAUGGACAGAAAAAUAUAUUAAAUGACAUUAAGGGCGCAUCAAAAUUUUACGAAAAGAUAAAUAAGGACAAAUCAAAUAGUAUGUAUUCUUACCGGAAAGAGUUGAAGUAUGAAUAUGAUAGUGAAAAGGGUUUAAAGCGAUUAGAUUGUCAUUGUGAAAAAAAACUGCUUGAUGAUGUGCAUAAAUUAGAUAAAAUUUCACAACAUAUGAAUAGUAAGAAUAGUCAUUUAAAGAAAACCAUUUGGAAAGAAUAUGCUUUAAGUUUUAUUGUAUACUUGCCAGUUAUAUUAUUUGUAAUAGCAAUGCCUAUGGCGACACUUUUUACUCAGAAAUGUAAUAUAUAUAAAGCUGUUCUUUCUGGAAAUCCUACUGAAGCCUGUGGUUUGUGUGGGGGUAUGAACAAUAUAUUUCAUUCCUCAUAUAUUAUUAUGUACAUUCCAUUAAUUAUGGCAGUUUUUUCUUCUAUUAUACAUAUGUACAAUUAA